GUCUAGUCAUUCAGCUCUGUAUUAAUCUGUGUUGUGUACAGUAUGAGACUGUGAUUAAAGCUGUUUAAUCGCGUUUGAUUUUCGCUUUGACGAUAUACUUUAGAGAAAGUUUUUUUUUUUUUUUUUACUGCUGUUAGAUCUUUAAAAAGUCGUUAGGCUUUUACGGAACAAACAGAAUGACAUCCAAGCCUACGUGCCUUAUUGUGGCCAGUGCUGCGUCUCAAGGAGUGUCGGCCCGGUCCUUCCAGCAGUGUUUCUCUCUCUGUAGUCCUGUGUUUAACCUGCAGACAGCUACACCAGGGGGGAAAACUAUUGAUUUCGUCGGGAUUGAUGACAGCUCAGCUCGAUGGGUUCAGGAUUUCAACGUCAAACCCUAUGCCACUCCUGCCAAACUGGAGUCUAUUGAUGGUGCCCGCUACCAGGCUCUCCUUAUCCCAGAUUGCCCAGGAGCUUUGAAGGACCUUGCUCACAGUGGCUCACUGGCACGCAUCCUGACACACUUCAGUUCUCAAAAAAAGCCUAUGUGUGCUGUAGGACAGGGUGUGUCUGCACUUUGCUGUGCCACAGAGGGACAGAAGUGGAUAUUUAAUGGAUACAGCCUGACUGGACCCUCUGUGUUUGAGCUGGUGCGCUCCCCAGAUUUUGCUGACCUUCCUCUAAUUGUAGAAGACUUUGUGAAAGAUAAUGGCGGAUCCUACACGGCCAGUCAAGAAGACGCACUGCAUGUGGUCCUGGAUCGCCACCUAGUGACUGGUCAGAAUGUUCAGUCGACCACAGCUGCAGUCAACAACCUGAUCCUGCUGUUUAACAGCAGAUAAAAUCCCUCUCCUGUUCAGGAGCACAGCAGGAAGUAUUACUGACAAUGGUUUUCCCCAAGGGUAUUCCAAUCAUGGUAAUAUAAUCUACAGUGGAUCUACUUAAAGAAUAUGAAGACAUCAUGGAUCAUUUUAAAUUCUUAUUUCGUAUAUAUGUAGACUUGAAAUUGCUAACAAGCUGUACAUAUCUAUAGUUUACCAAUUACUGCUUGACUAAGUAUUUCCUGUAAAUUCCCCUCAGAGUGAUGCAGUGUUAAUGUAAAGUUGCCCAGUAAUUUGUGCUAAGUUAUAUAAAGCUUACCAACUGUACCCUGGUGUCAGCAAAGCAUUAUUAUUAUUGUUUAACUACAGUGUUGCAAUAAUUUACCAGUAUCACAUGUACAUUUGUUUCUAAAAGGGCGUCAUGUGAUCGUGCUGUAAAACAUGGGCAAAAGUAUAAAUACGUCGUCCACAUUCCUUUAAUUGACCUCAGUGUUGGCCUGAAUAGUGCCAUGUAGUAAAAUAAAUGCUGAGGCGUAUAGAUGGGUAAAGUGAAUUUCUUUUCCAUUAAGUCGCCUUUCGACAUGUUUCUGUGAACGUCGCUGAUGAUGCUGACGUCAAUAGAUAAAGACUGCUGCUUCGUACAGUAUUUAACAUUCAUAGGCAGAAAUACCUGUAUCUGUGUUUGCGCUUUGGCUUUAGUUGUGAUCUGAUCACUGAAAUUGCAUCAAUUACAGUAUUGUACAUAUGCUUACACUUAAAGAAUGCAAAUAAAGCAUGUAUUGUCAUUGAUUUGUUAUGAAAUUUCAGAAAAUGAAGUAGAGUCUUUUGUACCACCGAUACAAAUGUUUCAUUACAUUCCACAAAAUGCACUAGCUGU